AUGUCUUCCCCGCCUAUAGUCCUCAUUAUUGGCUGUGGUGUCGCCGGCCCUGUCCUAUCAAUCCUUCUCAAGAAAAAGGGAUAUCAGCCAAUUGUCUUCGAAAAAGUUCGCGCCCUCGGUGAGGCCGGAGCAUCUCUAAUGCUCAAUCCAAAUGGCUUGAAAGUCUUGAAUCUGCUUGGCAGCCCCGAGCAGCUGUUUAAAGAUACUGAGAUCCUACCGUUAUCCGAUUACUGGCAUGGAACGACAUCAGGCGAGACACUAGCACAUGUUGACCUGCCUGCCAAAUUUGUCGCCAGAUACGGCCAGCCGGCAUUAGGCAUCAGGCGAACGACAUUGAACCUUCAGCUGAAAGAGAUGGCCUUGAAGGCAGACAUCGAAAUCCACGAGGGACAUGAACUAGUCGGAAUCGAUGAAAGCGAAGAUUCCGUCACGGCACAUUUUAGCAACGGGAAAUCGGCGACUGGUUUAUUUCUUGUUGGUUGUGACGGGAUAAAGGCAGCAUCUCGACGCAUUUUGCUCCAAAGAUCCGGGGUUAAGGAAGGGCCACCCGUGUUCACCGGAUUAACGCAAACCGGCGGUAUCUCAAAGACUCCGCGCGCGCUGGCAGAGAAAGUCGGCACCAUGUCUAACUGGUAUGGAAGCGGAGUGCAUAUGAUUGCUUAUCCAGUGUCGACGACGCAUACGUCGUGGGCGGUUACAUUGCCCCGGUCGGACGAACAGCAGGAGACGUGGAAAAUGGCCACAGGAGAGCAAUUGGAAGCGCAAAAACGAUUUUUGGAAUCCAAGUUGGAGGGAUCUGAGCCAGUCCUUUUAGACUUGGUGAGAGGGCUGGAGCGGAUUCUCUCGUUUGGACUCUUUGAUCGCGCAGAACUGGGCAUAGAAAAUUGGUUCACAAACCGCUGUGUGUUGGUUGGCGAUGCGGCACACCCGACCAGUCCGCACUUGGGGCAAGGUGCGAAUCAGGCACUAGAGGAUUGCUAUCAUCUCAGCCGCUUGCUUCCAAAUAUAGAUGAAGUCUGUGAAGAGAAGGAUGCAAGCCUGUCUGGUAUUUUCGAAGAGUUUGCACGACUUCGACAGCCACGAACCUCGGCCCUGGUAAAAGGUGCUAGGAGAAAAGGAGAGGAAAGAGUUGUGGUCGGGGGUGCGGAGCUUUGUCGACAACGUGAUGCCCAGAUUACCGCUGCUUUCAGCAAUCCAGAGGCGGUCCUGAGAGGGCUUGAUGCCUUGUAUGGAGAACCCUUUUAG